AUGUGGAGGCGCGUCUACCUUUUUCUCGCGCUCGUAAGACUUUACUUUGCCCUUUCGCCGUCCUAUAUUCAUCCCGACGAGCACUUCCAGGGGCCUGAAGUAAUAGCUGGCGAUAUAUUCGACUGGCGCAUCACUAAAACCUGGGAGUUUACUUCCGCAGCUCCCAUACGAAGCGUCUUUCCAUUAUGGGCAGCAUAUGAAGAGGACUGGGCUAUCCAAGAGCUCAUCGCAUCGCCGAGAGGUCGACGCAUCAGCCUUUUAUUACUGGCCAGCAGCUACGUAACAUGGACAUAUCAAACCCAUACCUUCUCCAACUCGAUCGAAACUAUCGGAGUGGCAUGGUCAUUGGUCCUGAUUCGGAGAAUUUCAUCCUCAAAAGAUGCUGCAUGGCUGUCGAGUGCGGCACUAGGAUUUACAGUUAUAUUUUCCAUCUUCAACCGCAUUACAUUCCCGGCCUUUCUACUACUUCCAGGGCUCACGCUAAUACCCCACUUCCUCCGGCAUCCAACCACUCUUCUAGGCCCUGCACUGAUUUCGCUCUUCACCUCAUGGACGUGGCCUCUCCAGCUUCCACUUCUCUCAGCAGUCUCUGGAAUCGCGGUACUGAGUAUAUUCCAGCACCAAGAGGCUAGGUUCUUGGUACCUCUUGUACCUUUGUUGCUGUCAAGCAUUUCGUUGCCAAAAAAUAUCAUCUUGCAAAGACUCUGGAUAGUCAUUUGGGUGAUGUUUAAUGUGGUAUAUGGAGCCCUUAUGGGUAUUUUCCACCAAGGCGGGGUGGUACCUGUCCAGCUCCAUAUGGGAAAUGUAACAAAUGCAGCAAAUGCGGUCUGGUGGAAAACCUACCAGCCUCCAACAUGGCUUCUCGGUGAGCCAUCAAAGAACGGCAACAUUCCCCAACUCCUUACUACAGAUCUCAUGGGUGCCAAAAUCUCUGUUCUGGUCAAUACCCUUCAGCCACUGGCUCAGUGUGAUACGGGUGAGCAACAGGCAAACAACUAUCUUGUUGCUCCGUUGUCUGCUAUCGAUUUAGACGUGUUUGCUCUAGGGACGAAUAAAAGUCUGCCCUUUUGGCUCAAGAAGGAGUGGGAGUACCGAAACCAUUUUAACAUGGAUGAUAUGGAUUUUGCUGAUGAUGGGUUCCUCCCAACGAUUGAGCGAGUGGUGGGUAGGAGGGGUUUAGGUGUGUGGAGGGUCGUCAGGACAGACUGCCCGGAGAGGGAUGAUCGAAAGUUGAAUUAG